AUGAUAGGAGCAGACGCUACUAUUUUUCGUCAUUGUCAUGAGUUUGAAGGUCAGUGGUUAAAGUUAUUAGAAGAUCUUCACAAUAUACCGAUAAUUCCUUCGGGUUUAAUGCCACCUAUGGUGGAAAAUAAUAACGACGAAAAAAAUUAUCAAUCUUGGAUAUCGAUUAAAGAAUGGUUAGAUGAGAAACCCAAAGGUUCAGUGGUUUAUGUAGCACUAGGGAGUGAAGUGACUAUUGGUCGUAAUGAAAUUAAUGAGCUAGCUCUUGGGUUGGAGUUAUCUGAAUCACCGUUUUUUUGGGUCUUGAGGAAGCCUUCUGGGUCAGGAAUUACUGACCCGAUCGAGCUUCCGGAGGGUUUUGAGGAAAGAAUCAAAGGUCGAGGCAUAGUAUGGAAAAGUUGGUCACCUCAGUUGAAUAUACUAAGUCAUGACUCGGUCGGCGGAUUCUUGACUCAUUGUGGAUGGAGUUCGAUUAUAGAAGGGUUAAUGUUUGGUCAUCCAUUAAUUAUGUUACCAUUUUUGGUUGAUCAAGGACUGAAUGCUAGAAUUCUAGAAGAUAAAGGGGUUGGUGUAGAAAUUCCAAGAAAUGAAGAGGAUGGGUCAUAUACAAGUGAUUCAGUGGCCAACUCGGUUAAUUUAGUAAUGGUUGAAAAUGGAGGAAAGAUAAUUCGGGAGAAAGCAAAAGAAAUGAUUUCUAUAUUUGGAAACAAAAAUCUUCAUGAUAAGUACAUAGAAAAUCUGAUUGAGUUCUUGGAAAAUUAUAGGAAUGUAUCUAAUCAACAUAUAUCUAAUUAG